AUGUCGUCAGCCAGUCGAGAGCCCAAGCCGCGGCGUCCGUCUGAAGACCGGAGGGAGCCGAAGGAGCCCAAGGAGUCUCGAGAGCCGCGACCACCGAAGGAGAAGCGCGAGUCCAGCCGCACUGGCGACGGCCGUGGUGAGCGGGACCGUGACCGAGAGAGAGACCGCGACAGAGAUCGCGAGCGGCGGCAUCGCGGCGAGGCAUCCCUCAAAGAGCCCGGCCGAGAGAAGCCCUCCUCUACGUCGCCUGUGUCCCCGGCGCGGCAGGACCAAGAGUCCUACCUGGACAGUCUCAUUGCCGAUUGCACCGACAAGCGACCUGAUGUUGCGGCACCUGCUGCACGAGACAUGCCGAAGCGCCCGUCAUCCCGUGCUGACUCGCGUCCAAAAGGUAGCGAUGGUGAGCGUCGACCCCGCAACGCAGAGGAGGUGCCUCGGGAACGCCCAGAGGCUCCCAGUGGUCCCUCUCCGGAGCGCGAGCGCCGCUCGAGGCGAGGCGAUGAGGGGGACCGGGACCGCCGCGAGAAGAAGGAGAAGAAAGAGCGCAGUGCGUUCUGGGUGUCGCCACUUGUGCCAUUACUUGGUUCCGCGAGCUCUCCGACCCUUUGGCUUUGCAGGGCUAUGGCGAUGCUCUUGUCGAGAGCCCUGCGCUCGGGGCAUCUGACCUCCUACUCCGCGGUUGGAAACUUCUCGCACUUCUCCUUGCGUCAGCGUUACACACAGAUGCUGAAGGCACAGACCGAUCCCACGCUGGCGGACUUCUUCUUUGAGAGCUACCUCCGCGCAUUCUUCGCGGAUCCGCCCUCCUACAACUACUGGUUCAUCAGCAUUGCGGCAUUCGGCGCCUGCAUCGGCAUCCUGUCUCGCCAGAUCUUCUUCAACCCGGAUGUGAUGUUCCGCUUUCAGGAGAAGCGAAAGCCUCUGCCUGACCGCCACAGGCAGUGGACCUAUUCCCUGCCUUUCUUCAACCACCGCCUGCGCAACAUGUGCUGCAAGUACAAGGCCUGCAUGAUUGACAACGAGCCGGACUGGGCCGACAAUCACCCCCUCGGCUACCGCCCAAACCGGAAGCAGUGCCACAGGCGCCCGUGGUUGUGGAUCCUGACCAUCCCUCGCUACACCAUCGAGGACCCCUUGUACACCUCAGUGACGCAUGAGAACAUGAACCGAAUCUAUGAGGAGGUGGGCUACGUCAAGCCGGCCAAGACCGAGGAGGCCCGGGAGCCUCGCGAGUCCCGCGAGCCCCGGCCGCCGGAGGAAGCUCCGGAGGCGCCUGCACCAUCGCCGCCUGCAGAGAGGGCAGAGAGGAAGCCCCGGCGGCCUCACAAGGAGGUGUCGGAGGCGGAGGCCAGCCCGCCGCAGGCGCCGCCCGCGACGCGGCCAACGAAUGGCCGCAAAGUGGAGGCGCCCCAUGUGGAGGAGGAAAUUGAGGUUCACGCUCCAGCUCCACCUGCGCCAAAGCCUGCGGAGGAAGCAAUCGGCUGGUUUGGGUUUUGCAGCCGGAUUGCCUUUGCAUGCUUCAACAGGUGUUUCGAUUCUGUCAAGCUUGGCUCAAAAGGAACUCCAAAUUUCGAGCUUGUGGCCGACGUCUUGGACUGGCUUCUGCAUCGAUUCGAGCCUGGAUGCGCUAUACCGGACGACAUCAGCACCGAAGCGGACAGAGUCCUGUUCAUCAAGUCGGUGGUUGAGAAGGUGGUGCUGAAGACCGGCCUCAAGCUCAACCCCAAAAAGCUGUACGGCGCCGAUGGCUAUGCCGUCAAGGAGCUGCUCCGCCUGGCACAGGUGUUGUACGAGGCGCAGAGAUCUGUUUCGGAAGUGCCUGCAGAAGGUCGCGGCGAAGACUUCACCCUGAACUCGAAGUUAGCUGACCUGAAGAGCACCCGCUCCCUGUGCUCGCAGAUAGUGGAAAGUGGGGCGACUCUCUUUGAACUGCUGCAGAAGGAGCAGGAGGUUCGACAAGACCGAGAAAAAGCUUUGCAUUUCUUGGAAGGUAUGUCCCGCAAUCUAGGCAGCAACACUGAGAACGAGAUGGUCGAGCGCGCAGUGUCUCAGCUUCUUGGUAGCCAUGGACAGAACCUCGAGCAGCUGAAGCAGAUGUCGGACGAGCUCCAGCGAGAUGAGAAGAGUUUGGAGCAGAAAAUCAAAAAGAAAAAGCAGGAGUUGGAGCGCUGCCGAAAACGGCUAGGCUCCCUGGCUUCGGUACGGCCCGCCUUUAUGGACGAGUACGAGACGCUGGAACAAGAACUCGAGAGAUACUACGAACAGUAUGUCGGUCGCUUUCGAAAUCUCGACUAUUUGGAGCAUGAAAUCGAUAUGCUGAACAAGGAGGAACAGGAGCGAAUGGAAGAGAACGACCGCGCACUGAAGCGUAUGCAGAAGCGCCUUCGCGAUGAGGAGUGGAGAUUGCUCCGUGGAGAGGAGGACGACAAGGGGAAAGCACGAAAGCCGAAGAAGAUCCACGGCCAAAAGAGGUGGAUGCCUCCAUCAGCAGUGGAUGCUGUGGACGGCUCCAUGGAAGCUGGGGAUGACGAGGAGUCAUCUGAAGGCUCCAACAGCGACAGUGACCCGCCAAUAAGUGUGGGUGGUUCGGAGGACUCCGGCGGAUUGGGCCCAGGGCCGCGUGGUGGUGUCCUCGGACCUGAGCGCGAACGCCUUCUCGCGCAAAAGGCGCUGAAGAGACCUCCACAUCUCGUCGUACAGCGUUUCCUCGCGCACCAGGCACCACCUUUGUCUUCUCCUUUGCCCAGCAUGAUGUCCCACGAAGGCCCUGUCGAACAAGGUGCUGUAUCGCCUCCUGACGGCUCUGUGCUCAUCGGCGGUGGCAACAGCGUGUCCGAUGAUGACAUACUGAAUGAGUCUGAUGAGGAGGAGCUGUCAGAUGAGGACAUAGGAGGAUCUGGACGGCAUCCUCAGCCAGGCCAUUCAAUUCUGCAGCUCUCCUCCGGUAGCAAGUUACUGCUUUACGGCAGGGAGGUUUGCCUGCAUUGGUUGAGCCGAAGGCCAUCGAAUAUUUGCAAGCACCAGGAGCUAUGUAGUCAGUUUGCUCCGGGCUGCGUGGCCAUCCUGGGCCAUGAAGAGGUGGACGAUGAUAUUGAGUACGACGAAGAUUUCGAGGAAGCGGAUGACGAGGAGGAGUAUGUACCCCAGAUUAAAUCCUCGUCGCCGUCUCCCCCGAGCCAAUCGCCGGAUGGGACACCCAACAAGGUGACUUUCCGGCCGAUGUCAUCGCAGUCUCUUCGUGCACCGACGCCUCCGCUUGGGAAGGAGUCACCAGUCUCUGCAUCAGCCAUCAAGAAGGCGACACAGAGCGAAAAUGAGAGGAUGGCGAGGAAGUCCCCGAUGCCGACUUCCCCGGACAUGGGCAGGAAGCGGGGAGGGGGACUCAUGGCCGAGUACGAGUCGACCAUGCCCAAGUUCAACCUGGCUGGCAGCGCGUCACCUGCGCAGCGCGCGGCACUUGCAAGGCUUCGUGACCUUCGAGACUUGCAAAUUCCGAGCAAGCUGGGCAUCGAGGUUGGAAACCUUUUCCAGCAGAAGCCACAGCAGGACAUCCAGCUCUUUCUUGCCGGCAAGUCCCUGAAGUAUUGCAAGCUGAAGACGACCAGCUGCCAAACAGGCGAUGAUGAUGUGGAAGUGGGAGUCAACACGGAUGAGGUUUGGACGGACGACAAGGAGAUGCAGUUCCCAACCUUGACAAGCGGCCAAACAGCCAAGUCAACUGGGGCAGAGGCACAACUUCUUCCUUUCCUCAGGCGAGUGCUACCCCUUUUCGAAGCAUCCAUCGUGGAGGGCAACCGCCGUGCUGGUGUUGUUGCGCCACCGCCCGCGGAUGAGCAGUUGGGCCAGACUCUGGUGCGGUGCUCGCUCCCGGAAAGUUUCGUUUCCACGUUCAUAGGUGCUUGGCCCUCGGUCGUAGAUGUGUCCAUCGUGGAGAAGUGGUACGGGGCGGACCACGCAUUGGCACUUUAUGGCUGGGAAGAGGUCGUUCGGCCUCCACCCAGCGAGAUUCUCGGGUUAGCCAACUUCAUGAGGCCCAUCCGGAGCCUGGUGGGUCUUCAUCCGAUUGUGCUAGGCGGCUCUGGAGGUGCUUCUACCCGCCCUGCACGGUGUCUGUAUUCUUUCUGUCGCUUGAGCUCCCUGACGGUCGUGAACGGGAGGUCUCACCUGAUAGUGGCAGGCUCGGAGACAGGUUCUCUCCUGGUCUACGAUCUCCGGGCGAAAGCGAGAAGUCCGGCAGACUUGCAGGGGGAAAGUGAAGGCCCACCUCCGAAUCCUGAUGGUGACAUCGCUCACUUCGAGGGUCCAGUCUGGCUCCCGUCGGCAUUCUCGACGGACGUCUACGCAUUGGGGCCAACUCAGCGGGAGUCUGACUUUGGCGAGCAAAAUGGCAUCCUGUCCGAGCCUUUUGGCUUUGACGGAGAUUCCUCCGGAGUGCACGAGGCAGAGAUUUGCUGCGUGCGCAGCUCGGACAUGGCUGCCGGAGAUGCGCUCGUCUUUAUCCGUCUAGCCGCAACGGCUUCUCCACUUCUGAAGAGGGUGGAGGGCCAUCAUUGGACGACGUGCUGCCAUGGACGUGGGCACGAAAGUGUCACGAAUCCCAAGGAAAAGGGAGCGGCCAAAGAAGCAAAGGGAGCUGUCCUGGCACUUGCUUCACGACAGAAGAUUGGAGAUGUCAAUCGAGCGCUUCGUGCAUGUAAGCUGCGAUCGGCCUGGGAGGCCGCCUCCCUGCUUCUGACAACGUCUGGUCAGAAGAGUCUUCAGGCAGAUGUUGUCUCGUACACAACGUUGGUGGGUGCGAGUAUGAGCAAAACAUGGGAAUGGGCAAUCGGCAUCUUUGCAGAUGUGGCUCGCAAGGACCUGAUCUUGGACAAGGUGGCUGAACUCACACUUUUCACUGGCUUCGCCGCCUUGGGCAAGUGGGUAGCCGCGCUUUCCUCGUUUGCAGACUUGCAGGUUCAGCAGAUAGAAGUGGACCAGCAAAUGGCCAGCUCUGCAAUGACUUCCUGUGCCGGACGUGACACAUGGGCCUCAGCGAUUGCUUUGAGUUGCGAGCUUCAGAUGGUGUCCGUAGAGAUUGACACAGCUGUCGUCAAUGCCGCAAUGAGUGCAAUGAGCGGUGCCGGUGGCUGGGUGUUGGCGCUGGCGGCACUGGAGGAUGUUGCCGCGCGCCAAUCGAUUGAUGUGAUAUCGAUAAAUGCUGCUCUCAGUGCCUGCGAGCGAUCUGCGCAGUGGCAGCCUGCCAUGUCCCUCUUGGAAGGAUGCUUGCCGUCGGUACCAGACAUCAUAUCUUACGGUGCAGCCGUAAGUGCCUGCGAGAAGGUCGACACGAUCGCUUGCAAUGCGGCAAUCUCGGCAUGCAGCUGGCUGAAAGCACUCGGGCUCCUGAACACCAUGCAGUUCUGCGCUAUGCGAAGCACAAUUAUCACCUUCGGUUCAAUCAUAAGCUGUUUUGAGAACAUUGGAAGAUGGCAGCUGGCUCUUCAAAUGCUACGUAUUGGCAAGAUGCAGACCCUGCGCUUGCAAGAUAUCACCUGCAAUGCCGCCAUCGGGGCAUGCGAGAAGGGAGUCCGAAAGGCCAGCCAGCACGAGUCGAAAAAGGCCUUGGACAUCACCGGGACAGUCAGCUUUUGGCGGGUGCUAGAACUGGCUUCGGUUGGUGUGAAGCUUGCCUUGCAAGGCAGCCUCGCCCUUGCGCGAGGCCCGCACUCUCACGUGCUUGCCGACUUCCUCGGUGCCUCUUAUCUUUGCAUCCAUCCACAGCAACAGGGAGAGUUCGUAGCGCUGUCCACAGCUGGAAUCCGGCAAGCCAACAGGCAACGCUCUCUGACCUCGAACGUGGCGGAUGGCCCCAGGAACUUGGAGCUGCUGAGACACGCCGAGGAGGAAGAAGGUCUCCUCCUUCCGAGUGACUCCUUUGCAUCCCAGCCUUGUAGUGGUGCCUUCAAUCCCUUUUUCCCUGGGCUGCUGUUAGUGGCAUUCGCCGAAGGCGAUCUUGCCCUCUUUGACUGCUCCCUAUGUGUGCCCGUGACGCACUGGGCAAGUGCCGUUGGCAAGGCCACCGGCGCAACAAUCUCAGUUGCGUGGUCUACCCGGAGGCCAUGUGUCUUCUUCGUGAAGUGUGGUGACAUGCUGGAUGUGUGGGACCUUGCGGAGAGGGUUGGCGCGUCGCCUUUCCAGCAGCGCCUCUACCUUCGUGGCGAGGAGGUUCUUGAUGUCGCACGAACCUCCUCGAACCCACCGCCAGAGGAGGAGCUACAGGUGGUUGUUUUGCCACUGAGAUACGAUGCCGCUGCGGACCUUCGUCUGCAGUCCGCUGCAGGUGACCUUGCAAAGAUCAAGCAGUUACUGCGCGAGCCCCAAGCUCCGGAUCCUUUGGCGCCGUGUGAAUUCACGCCGCUACAGCUCGCCUCGCGCUAUGGCCACUUGGAGGUGGUUCGAGCACUUCUGGCCGCGGGCGCCGACAAAGAUCGACAAGGACUGGCCGAAAGCACACCCUUGUUGGAGGCGGUCGACCACCAGCACCUGCACGUGGCUCGUCACUUGGUUCGCCUUCGUGCGGACAUCGGCAAGGCCGGCCUCGGCGGAACGACGCCCUUGCUUGUUGCCGUCGAGCGAGGCGAUCUGAAGGCAGCAAAGCUCUUGGUCGAGAGCGGGGCUGACAAAGAGCAGCCAGAUGCAAGUGGCUUGGCACCACUGCAUGCUGCCUGUGGACACCUGGAUAUGGUCAAGUUCUUGCUUGGCAUGAGGGCGAAUCAGAACGUGCAGGACACGAAUGGAAAGACGCCCCUGCGCAUCGCUGCUGGAAUUGGCCAUGCAGACGUGGUGGAGUGCCUUGUGCUGUCCGGUGCUGACAAGGACAUGCCUGACGCUCUGCUAGUUUCGCCGCUGUGGGCGGCAGCCCGCAACGGCAGAAGCGAUGUAGUCCAACACCUGCUUGAUGCCGGUGCACAAGUCAACCAGGCAGAUAUCGAUGGUGAGACGCCGUUGAGGGCCGCAGCUGAGCACGGUCACCUUGAGGUAGUUCUGCGUCUGCUAAGAGGACAUGCGGAUGUAAACAAACAGGACAUUGAUGGGAGAACACCGUUGCUGGCUGCAGCUCAUGCCGGAAAGUUGGAGGUGGUCGAGAUUCUUCUCCAAUGGCAUGCCAUCGUCGAUUGUAUUGAUUCAGAAGGUCAGACGCCCUUGCUGGCGGCUUCCGAGCAUGGCUUCGUGGAUGCUUGUCGCAGUCUGCUGGACAGGCAUGCUGAUGUAAAUCAUUGUCGGGCUGAUGGCACGACGUCUGCCAAGCUGGCUGCACAGCGGGGCGAAUUGGAGGUCCUGCGGCUCCUUCAUUUCGCAGGUGCUCUGGUGGACCACUCGGACCACGAGGGCGUCACAGCGCUGUGGGCUGCUGCCAGCAGUGGCAAGCUCGAAGUCGUGCAGUACUUGCUGGAACAGCGUGCUGAUGUAGCCAAAGUGUGCAGAGGCGGGCAGAGCUGCCUGCAAGCCGCCUCCCAGCGCUGCCAUUCGGAGGUGGUUUCGCUCCUGACACCCUUGGACCACCAGAGCAAGCGCCGCAAAGUUGGCGAGUAG